CUCAAAACCACUUUCCAUUUAUACCUAGCACCUCGUAGGGCCUAAUUUUCUUUAAAAUUUUUUUCAAACUACGCAACCAAUUUCGCGACACACAUACUUUUGAGGCAUGCGCAAACUUUUGGCUCGCCACCAAAAUUGUAGUGGAGGCUUUCGAGGGUAGCUGCAGUACAAGGGGAGCGCUCGGGGGCUGCAGACUUCUCCGCAACCCUUGCGAUUCUUCGAUCAAUGUGCCUCUCCUCAUUUAUUUCACAACUUUAUACAAUCAGAAAAUUAGUUACAGCCCAUACAGUCUCAAACAAUCGAAAAAGGUUUUGAUCAUAAUCCGCUCGUUAUAGCGAGCUAUGGAAGAAGUGCUUUCAGAGGGAAAAAAUUUCAAGUUAGUAAACGAAUCCGAGCUUCCAGAUUUAGUUGAUUUUCUAGCUAAUUAUUUACCCGAUUCUAUCAAGUUUCAUCAAACACUGAAGACGUAUUUGAAAGAUCGCGUUUGGGAUUUUCAUUUUUACGUCACGAAAACGUGGCCAGAACAGGCUGUGAUUUUACAUUUUCCCGGAAUGACCAGAACGCCAAACAACAAAUUAUACGAGAGCUUCAGUGUGUUUUGUCCCUGUGAUCAACUAGACAACAUAAAACUAUUAACAGAAGAAGACGUGUUGAUAGAUUGGACUCAACCUAUUUAUCUUAAUUUCACCCACGCGAAAAUAAUGGAAAAACUAGAGGAAAUUUAUAGCGAGAAGGGUACAAUGGAGAAACUGUAUGGGGAAGUUUACGGUUUAAUGGACGACGGUAUUCAAAAUGAGGAAGAUGAUGGUGAUGUGACGAUAUUCGCAGAGGACGCGGAGAUGUUGCAGCUAUCACCCGAGCAUGCUCAAAUGAUUCACGACUUGUACCCGGCAAAUCACAUGGAAUGCGUCGAAGUUUUCGAAAAACUUAUCAAGAAGCUGCCUUGUUACGGUAUAUUUUCAAACACGAUGGAACUGGCGGCGUGGAUGGUCCAAUCGUAUUACGGCGCCAUGUUUUCAAUGCAGACGCUACCCGAAUUUAGGAGAAAGGGAUAUGGACUGAUUCUUGCUAAGUACCUGACGAAAUUGGUAAAAGAACGUGGUUAUAUACCUUUCGUAGUGAUCCGUCCGGAAAACAAUGCCUCGAAAGGUCUCUAUGCAAAGUUGGGUUUCAAAAAAUACUUCGAGACGGUCAGAGCAAUCUUGCGACCCCAUGAGAUGUCCAGCGAUGCCCAAGGCGGAGGGACAACGAACGGUCAUUAAAUAUUAUUUUUGAAUAAAAUUUAUAUUUCAAUUCGACAAAAAUGAUAUGAAAAAUUAGAUUGCGACGCACACGUUUUGAGAUGAAGGCUUCCAAACACUAUUUUUCCUAUUUCAACUUAACAAAAAAUGGAAAUUGCAACUAAAUACGAUUUAUUAGAUGCAUAACACUUGUUUUCAAAAAGGAAAUUAGCUAAAUGAGGAAUGUCUGUGAUUUAGAAUAAAUAUCAAGGGGUAUUUUUAGUCUUACAAGAGUUAAAACAAAAAUAAAACGUUGUUCAGUACCACAUAUUAUAAAUAAUAAUGAGAUAGAUAUAUUUUUAUGAAAUCACAAAUAUUUAAGUAUCGAUAAAUUAUAAAAACUGCUAGAUUUUUCUCUACCAUGAUUAUUACAUGAAGAAAUAAGAAUAAUAAAAAAAUUUAUAAGUGAAAAAAUAGUAUAAUUAUAAUUUUAUUUCAGAAAUAAACAUAAUUCAAUAACUGUUUUUAUUUAUUUUAGUAUAUAAAGCUUUGUUUUAUUUAUUUAGCUCAAUUGAAAUAUAAUUAUAGUAGAGAAUAACGAAUUUAAUUAUAUUUCGUUGCAAUUUCCUUGAAAGCUUCGAAUGUAUUAACUUACGAUCAAGUUUUAGCUCAAAUUAAAUCACAACUGAUUCACUGGCAAGUGCAAAAAAUUGUUUGAUUUAAACAGUUCGGAAUAUGUUAAAAAGUAAAUAGUGUGACACCGGCUUUAGACAUCUCGCUAUUAUACUAGAUAUACUCAAAAAAAAAAAUGAAUAAAAUCUUUAUAGUUUCGUUCUAUAUAAUGUCGAAAGUCGAAUUUCUAUUUUAUGUAUUUCUUUUCAAUUGAAAUGAAUCAGUUAAGUUGUUGUUUUCAUAUUUAACCCUGACCUUGAUGUCAUUAGAACAUCUAAAAGUAUACAGUCACAAUAUAAAACUUUUUUCACCAAUAGAAUUAACUCAUAACUGAAGUUAGCUUCUAACCUAUAAAAUUAAUGACGGAUGAGUUUCAAUGUCAUUCUAUAUAAUGUUGAAAGACGAAUUACUUCGUUAUAUAGUUGAAAUAAUAGUAUAUUACACAGCGAAGUGGGAAGAAUUUCAUUACUAUCGAGAGAUUAGAUAUAGUUAACCAAAACGCGAAGCGUUACUGUUGCUAUGUGCCAUGAUGUAAAGACUACAAGGUGUGUUCUUAUCGAAGACCAAUUUACGACCUGUCGCCAGCUGACUGAUUUAUAUUUAUUUACAUCAAGUGUAUAGAGUAGUUAUUGAAAUUAAAAUGCAUUCUUGUUCUGUACCUUCAUAUACAAAUAACAAUACGAAUUGAAGAGGUAAAUAUAUUAGUUUCCAUAGAUUUCUUACUAAAGAUAUUAAAUUACUUGACGAUUUGAAAAAAGUUUGUGGAGAAAUACAACUUAACCUCCAAUACGGUAAUUGUUUACAAGUUUAUCAUAUAUUUUUUUGGUGGUUGAUUUAACAUUGAUCAAAUAUUUAUUGUUUGAAUAACGAGAAUAUGCUUGAAUCAUUUUAAAAAAAGUUGCUACGUGCAAAAGCCCGAGCACUUGAUUUUUAGUGGACAAACAUUUUAUUUGUAGUUUAACUUGCUGCUUACUAUGUGUUUUGUUAUGUUAACACACGAUACAUUUUAUUUAUUAUCUAAUUCUUCUUGUUAAACGAAAAUAUUUAUAAUAUACAUUCUUUACAUGUCAAAAAGUUUUGCAAUCUAUUUAAAAUUAUUGAAUUCACAUUAAUUUGAGCAUUGUUUUUAUUCGAAAUAACUUUCAACCAAGCUCAAUUUACCAUAUGCUGAAUUAAUUUUUCAUAGUUUUGUAUCAAAUUCGCUGCUCGACCUUUCCUUCAUAACAAUCUUAAAAUGAAAAAAUUCAAAUUCCCGCAUUAAAUUGAUUGGCCAGAAGAACAAUAUGGCCGAUAAUGGGAAAGGCCUCCCAUUGGCUGUAGAUACCAGCUGCGCAAGAACACACCUUGUAGUCUUUACAUCAUGCUAAGUGGUAAAUAACUGUCACCAAUAUAAAUAAAUAGUUUGUUGUUGGUUUUUUAACCAUUGAAUGGGUAUUAUAAUAUUUGUCAACGUGUUAUAUUUUUAAAUAUAGAAAAUAUUCAUUUAGAAUAGACGAGAAAAAUUUUAACGAUCACAAUAUUUUAAGGGAGGUAGUAGAGGUCUGUAAAAUGACACUUUUUAACCUUCAAUGACGUUAGUAAUGAUAGCAUUGAAUAUAUGGUUGAAAAUAAAAUUGUUUUCAGUUCAACUUUGUCGUUAUUAGAGUACCUAAAAGUUUAUAGUAUAUAAUAAAACACUUAUUGUCACCAAUAGAAUGAUCUCGUAACCAAUUAAAGCAUAUAUUUCAAGUACCGAGUACUGAAGUUAGCUUCUAAUCUAUAAAAUUAACAUUAACGACGAAUUAAAUUCAAUUUGUUUAUCUCUUUACAUUUUUUUGUUGUAAAAAACAAAUAUAAAUAAAACAUUUUUAACAUAUUCCGAAUCUAUUUUUAUCACAAGUAUUAUAAAUCAUUAAUCUACUUAUACUAUAGGUAUGUUCUUUUCAACAGAUCUAUUUACACAAUUAAUUAGCACUGCUACUAGUUUUUUCAUCCGAAGAAGAGGGAAAUGCGCAUCAUCAGUUACUUACCAUCCUGGACCCGCGUUAGCACUUCACAGAAUGUUUAUUCUUCGCUUGUAUUGCGUUUGUUCCUUCAUUCGUUGUUCUUCUUCCGUAUCAUACAUCUACUGUCAUUGGUCUAUGAUCACGACUCUUUCUUCGUUCGUGAUUUCGUUGGCCUUUUACUCGAUACGUAUUUUUGUGUAUAUUCUCUUUCGUUCGAGUUCUAGCAGAUCCCGCAAGAGCUAAUACUGCUGGUUUUGAUACUGAUCUGUAUACUCUAAAGCAGCUCUGCGUUAUUCUUUUGCAAAUAUUAACAGUUUCCUUUUGGUGGAAGUUAAUCGAUUGUGUGAUUGUUAUUAUCGAUUAUUAUUAUCGAGUCUAAUUUCGUCCUAAAUAUUUUAUGGAUUCUUUCGUUUCGAUGGAGAACUAAUCGCUUGGAUAUUAUCAAAUUUUUGCUUGAUUCGAGCUAUUUUCCGUGAUGCUACUAGUAGCAGUGAAAAAUAAGACUCAAGCGUACUGAAGUCUAGUUAAUAAAGUAAAAAAAUAUAUUUUUUCUUCUUCUUUUUUGUGAUUUCGUCAUUCAUGUCCUCUUUUUUACUGUCGUUCUGCACUGGUGUGGAUCCAAUGCAGUUGAGGUACUGAUAAAAGAACAGAUCUAUUAUGAGUAAUGUCUAUCGAGUCGUAUUUAUACUACAUAGACAUCGGAUUCUCAAUUUAUAUCUAAAUAGGGAAUAUUAUUUACAAAAGUUCGUAGUUCUAGUUAACCUCCAAAUUUUUGAAACUUUCACAAGAAAUUGAUUUCUAAAAUAUGAUUUUUAUUGCAUUUAAUAAAUAAUAAAAAUAAAUAAUUCACUAGAUUUGUUUGAACUUAACAUGUUGAGUCCCAACCAAAAUUGAUAAACUUUCCCCAGGACCUAAAAUUUUUUGGGAAUAGAAAAGGUCUUUAUAUAGUUUAGGGAACAAUUUUAAUGAUUCUCAAAUACAAAAAACUCAAUGUUCUACAAGUUAUUUGCAAAAUAAUUUUUUUAUUUUCUGCAUUGUUUAACACGUUUUUUAAUUUAAGGAUUCAAGUUAUUAUUUUUGGUUUUAAUUUAUAAUAUUCUCAAUAAAAUCAUUUCAAACUUGUAAAAAUGAAUAUGGGACAGGUUUAUUUUACAUUGGAUCUAAUCAUCUAUUUUUCAUAGUUUAUAUAACAUUUUUUUUAUUCCUUGGAUUCCUGUAGAAACACAUACUCACUCGAAUUGUUUCUAAAUAACUAAUAAAAAAGUAGUUUUCCACUUUUGUAAAUAAUAAUCAAUGUUUUUGAAAAGUAGUCAUAAAACAGAUGCUGUGAGAAAACCAUAUUUUUAUGGCAAAACUAUUUUUAAAUGGAAUUACUUUAUUUUUCACUAUUUCACUAAUUACUAUAUUAAUUAUUGACUAGUUCAAAAUAGAGUUUCGCAUACUAUCCUGCAUAUACUUAUGCUUGAUAAAUUAGUAUAAAAUUCUGAGUAUGCUUAGUUUCUGUUAUUUAUUAUGUUAAUCUUUGGUACCUGAAGUACCUAAGAACAUAAACAUGUUUAAAAAACAUUGCAGGAAGAUAUUUCGGUAAGAGUAUGAUGAGCCACCCCAUGAUGAUCAUCAUGGAACUCUAUACAUAGACUAUUGAUUAUACAAGAAAUCGAUUUAUCAUAUCUAUUUUAUGAAAUUUCAAUUUUUUUUAUCCAAGAUUGAUAUUAAGUUCUUCCUUUUGAUUCCCUAUUAAUUUAAUCUCGCACUGUAAAGGAAAUGUCCUAUAUCAGAGACAUUCCAUGAAAUAUUCAUAUCCUGCAUAAAAAUGCCCACAUCCCUCUUCAAAAUAAAACGAGUCUUUUUUCUCUUUACCUAAUAAUACUUUAUUAUUUGUGAUAGUAAGUUAUUCUAUAUUUAUCUGGUUUCCUAUUUUCCCAAUUAUAUUUCUUUUCCUAACAUUUAUCAUAGAUACACCGCAUUCACUCCUCUUUCUAACUUUGCCUGUUAUUCUUCCCCAAUAUACUGAACAUGUAUGUGGAUUACCAUAAUAAAUUAGAGCAAACUUUUAUAAAUUAUUGAAAUGGACUAAUUAAAUGGAUAACAUUGAAAGUAUGCAGGAAUACAAUUAAGAAAUAUUUCAAAAUGUUGCUAGAAUAUUCGUAGAUAUUGAAAAAAAACUUAUCACCGAUGCAUAUUGAAUUAAACUUAUGCUUGAAUUGCUUCAAAAUACCUAUUACAUGAGGAAUUUAUCGAGAUCGUCAACCUUUUACAAAGUAGAUGAUAUUAAAAUAGCUUUUUGAACUUUUUAUAUAGAAUCUAGACUAGCUUACCUUGUGUAUUGACUGUGAUAGAAUAUUAUUUUCUUGUACGACACCAAAGAGGAAAUAAACACAGGGUAUUCUGGAAUUUUUGAAUGGUAGUAUAAUGAACAACAGAUUGUAAGCCUUUUUUUCAGAACUGUACAAAACACUUUAUAUAGCACAGAAGGUUAAUGGUAAAAAUUAGGUACUAUUCUCGAACUUAAAGCAACAAGCCACCAAUAUUUACUUGGUUUACACCAUAAACAUCCUCUAAUUAGUGAUAUCUAUACUAUUAAUCAAUAAUUUGACAUCUAGAAAAGACUACAUUAAGGGAAUGUUACUUGACGAUAUUUAUGUUAUGAUUCAUAACCAGCAGCCAUUUUGUGAAACAUUUAAAAUCUUUUAUUUAGAUAUGAUAAUAAAUGAAUUACUUAAAUGAUCACAUGUAGUAAAAUCUACGAAAUUUUACUAUCAACGUUUACAACUCGAAUCAUUCAAUAUAAAAUAAUUUGACUUGAGUGAACCGUUUAUGAAAUUUGUCAACAAUCAAGUAUCGAUAGAUAUAUCGAUAUUUUUACUCACGCUCGAUUGUAAAAAAACUUGAUAGGUUUAUUUAUUAUUAAAAUACUUAUUCAAGUGUUAUUAGUACAAUUAAAAUAAAUAUAUUUACCAAGUUAAAAAUUUAGAAAUAUAAUAAAACUAAAUUAAAAAUAUCCAUAAUAUAUAUCGAUUAUUUUAUGACAGAAUAUCGAUAUUUUUCACUCAUUACUAUAAUACCAGUUAACGUAUUAGUUUUAUAUCGCGAUGAAUCGACAACGGGUGUCCUGACGACACACAUUGUUAGAGCAGGUCAGGGAUCACUUUCCAAACAAAGUUUUAAUUGCGUUGACGAUCGUAUGUGUCUAUUGCGUACAUAGUGAUAUUUUUUGGUAGAUGCAUCUUGUCUGUGAUAUUAUUUUCAGUAUUAAAAAUAGUUGGAGACGUACAUAAAACUGUAGAGGCCAUUUUUUAGUUAGUUUUUCGGUCAUAAAUACGCAACUAUUGAGAAUAUUUUGAAGUAUGUCUACCAAAAUUAAAUGAAAUGGAACAUGUGACUGAUUUGUAAACUGGCAUGACUUUGUUUCUUCAUAAAUACCAUCCCAAUCAUAAGGCUGUACAAGGUGUUGUGUAAAUAAUAACGUUAUAAGUUUGCGUAAUACAGGGGCGUACAUUUUACUGUAUAUCUUCUUUGGAAAUAGAAAGAUACAGAUUUUGAUGCUAUAUCGACGGUUCGUAAAUUCACUACCCCAUAUUUUAAUUUAUUAGUACAAUUAGGGAUGCAACAUCACUCAUAAAUACCAUUGAUAUUUUGAAAAGUGAAACAUCGAAGUUUAUGAACGAUAUACCGAUUUUUUUAAAUAUAAAUGAGAUACUAUUUCAUCUAUUUUAAUAAUUAUUUUUAAUGAAUAAUCAUUAUUUCAUUUUAACAAAAAAACAAGGACGUAUUUAUUUUAUUUAAGACACUACAUAGGAAAAUCUACUUUUGUUAUUAACAGAGAUAUAUAUUUAUGUGUGAAGCUGACAUCAUUCAUGAAGAACGAUGUUAUAUCGCUGUUUUAUAUUUCGAUAUGUUUUUCAAACAUCGAUAUAUCGUUUGCAUCUCUAAGAACAAUAGAUUUGUAGUAGUUACAGUUUUGAAAAUGAGGUGAAGUAAUUAGAAGGUUUGUAAUAUAAAAAUAUCCUGUGAACAACAGAUGGGCGCAAUAUAAUUUUUUUUUUUACAUUUUGUCUAGUAUUUUCGAUUUUUUGUGCUAAAAAAUAUCACUCACUAUUCUUAUGUUCAAAAAAGUCUUCCAAAUUGUCAAGUCACAUAUUUUUAGCAAUAAUCACCAAAGCCUUAUAACUCAACAUACACCAAUUGUAUUAUUAUUAAAAUUAAUGAUUUGUAUACUGUGGAAUCCUUUUAAUAUGUUAAAAAUGAAACAUAAUUUAAUACUUUACUAUUAUUUUCAACUAUUUUACACUUUUUUGCUCCUUAUAUACAAACAUCUUGUCGAAACUUGUAUCGAGGAGUGGAGGUGAAGUUAGUAAGGUUGUCGAAGUGCUUAAUUUUGAACAAGGAGAUCGGAGAUUUGAAUCCUUUCUUAAAAAAAUAGGUAAGGCUAAUAUAAGCGUGUUAAAAACAUAUAAAAAGGUCUAAGAACUGAAAAGUUGAAGACCAUUAUUCUACUUGAUAAAAAAACUCAUUAUAGUAUACUUAAUAUUUAAGGUAAUUAAUAUUAUACAAUUCUUUAUAGUAGUAUAAAGUUACUAAUCAAUUUUCUUAAAUUUUAGUAGGUAUUAUGAUAUCUGUAAUAUUUUGGGCCCAUCUUUUGUGAAAAAUAUAUUAGAUAUGGAUCAAAUUUGGAGAGUAAACUUAGAUUUGUGUUUAUGUUUUGAGAAUUUAUUGGAAUAGAUGAGAAACUAAAAUAUGGACUCUAUUUUACAUUCGAGAACACAUGAAAUGAUGGUUUUAGUGAGAACCAGAAAGAUAAUGCAAUUAUUUUUUCCACUGUGAUAAAAAAGCACUUUUUGCUCAAAAUAGAAGUUCGAACUAUAUUGCAUUAUAUUAGUUGAGCACGUGUACGAUUUCCGUGGCGUCAAGAUUUGUAAAUUGAUCCAAAAUAAGUCGAAAAUGAAGAAUUAAAUUUUUUGAUAUCCCUCUUCGUUUUCGUGAUAAUGAUACUUGAAGUCGAAAGAAACCUAACCCCAUCAGAGCUUCGCCUUUGAAAGCAUUCAGAGCAUACUUCUUAUUUAAUAAAGCAAUCUUUUUAAUAUAUUAUUGGAAUAUUAUAGUGAAUUAUAUAAAAAUUGAAAAAAAAACAAAACUUUUUGAAUUUAAAGCCAUAAAAUAUUUAUUCUAGACAAAGUAUUAAACGUUAUAUUGAAAGAAUAUAGAUCUAAUGUUUGGUUGUUAUUUCAAGUACCAAUAUCUCGAAAGCGAAAAAUUGUUUUCUUUAUUUUGUCCAUAAUAAGUCAGAUUACAACGCCACGAAAAUCGUACUCUCCCCUAUUAGUUGCUUAUCUGUUCUCCAAUUACCCAACCAAAGUGUAUUUCAAGAAUUUUCUCAAAAUAUGAAAUAAAAUCUAUAAGGUUACUGCUCUCAUUUAUUAAUAUAUAUUCGAAUAUUGCGUAUAAAUCAAAUUGAGUGUUCAAAAAAUAAUGGUUAGUCGAGGUUCGUCCUAGUUAAAUGUAAAUGUAAAUGUAAAAAGUGUUACCUCUCAACUGC